UUUGCAUCUUGCACACAGUGGCGUUCCAGGCGUCAUCCAGAAGCUGCUUGCCAUCCGCGAGACGUUCUGUCUAAGUCAACCUUUCCUUACUCAUCUAGUUUCUCUGAAGAACUGCUGUUACUACACAAGUAGAUGCCACUCUGUUAUGACUCAUGGUGUGUGUUAUCUUGUUUUCAGAGACUGUCAGCGAUAGUCCACCAUCACAACUUCCUUUAAUGUGGUGGGGAAGAAGGUACUGAUGUGUCUGGCAGCAGCCGACAAACAAGUGAAUGCAGAUUUCACCCGGUUCUGUCUCAUACACAUUCAGUGUUAGCUGAGGAGACAAAGCAGUGAUAAGGCGUCUGUCUCCUUUCCGCACAAGACGUGGUCAGUGUUCAGCUUGCCUACGACUCCUUGAUUCUUUUCCUGAUAAAAGCUGUCCAAUCAGGAGUCAAUCCAGGUGGAGUUGCUCAAGGCUCAGACUCGCCUGGUGGAGCAGUGCGGCUCACUUCCUCAGCUGCCCCAUGACUCUGAUGAGGUGGAUCAUUACCAAGCUGUUCAGUCGAGUGCUUUUGGGCCCUUCGGGUCCUUUACACUGUGAGAUGUCCAGUGAAAUAACAGCCAGCACUAGGAGGAAGAAACUGGUGGUCGGGCUCGGUAACCCUGGUAGGAACGGCUCACGGCACAGCGUUGGCAUGGCUGUGAUCACAGCACUGGCAGAGCGUCUAGGAGUGUCUGAUCAGUGGAAAUCAGACAGACACGUGUCAGGAGAGGUUAUUGUUUCAGUUUAUCAGGAGACACAAUUUGUGCUUCUCCGGCCAAAACUGCUCAUGAAUGUCAACGGAGUGAGUGUGGCGAAAGCGGCAAGCAAAUUUUCUAUUCACCCCAAGCACAUUGUCCUGGUACACGACGAACUUGAUAAACCACUUGGAAAGCUUGCCAUUAAACAUGGAGGGAGUGCAAGGGGUCACAAUGGCGUCCGCUCCUGUAUCGACUGCCUUCAUACUGAUGUAAUGCCACGGCUACGAAUCGGUAUCGGCCGACCCUCAGGAAACACGCCUGUGGACAAACAUGUUUUGGGGCGGUUUUCUAAGGAAGAGCAGAACAUUUUAAGCCCAGUAAUAGACCAAAGUGUGGAAGUUUUAUUGGCACAAAUCACAGAGCAACAACUCCAACUAAUACCAGCAGGGGGCAGGAGAGCAACACAGAAGAGGAAAGAGAGGCCCCCUUCUUCUGCAGUGCAGGAGCCUGAAGAAAAGCCACACAGGACUGACCUGAAAUGCCAAUAAGCUAAUGAUUAUAAACUCAUGACUCUGCUGAAUGUGCAUGUUUGUGUGCGUAAAUUGAAUAAAUGACAGUUCUGGUUUA